CAUCAACAUCAAAAAACGACAAGAUAGAGCUUAUUUGUAUUGUAGCUUUUACGAAACUCCAGGAGAAUAUUGUUCUUUUCAAGUAUUGAAUACAUUGCCUCUACUUUGCUAGAUUUUUUCCUCACAUAAUCAUCAUUCUCUCUUGUUCCUUUCGAUUACGACCAUCUUCACCUUCUAUAUAUAUAUGUUCUCCACUACACUUCUCUUCUUUAGCUCUCUUUGAUUUGUUAAAGCUUAGGGAGAUAUGGGUGAGGUAGCUCUCUCAAAUGGGCAGAACCAUUCUAUGAAUGGUUACAGGAAGAGUGGUUGGUAUGAAGAAGAGAUUGAAGACAACUUAAGAUGGUGCUUUGCUCUUAAUAGUAUAUUGCAUACAGGAACUAGCCAAUACCAAGACAUUGCACUAUUGGACACUAAGCCCUUUGGAAAGGCAUUGGUAAUUGAUGGGAAGCUUCAGAGUGCUGAGACAGAUGAAUUCAUCUACCAUGAAUGUCUUGUUCAUCCACCACUCCUUCACCAUCCUAACCCAAAGAAUGUUUUUAUUAUGGGGGGAGGAGAAGGAUCCACUGCAAGGGAAUUGCUCAGGCAUAAUACCAUUGACAAAGUUAUAAUGUGUGAUAUAGAUGAGGAGGUGGUAGACUUCUGCAAAUCAUACUUAGUGGUAAACAGGGAAGCAUACCAUGAUCCGAGACUUAAGGUCAUCAUCAAUGAUGCCAGGGCCGAGCUAGAAAGCAAAGAGAGGUAUGAUGUGAUAACUGGAGACUUGGCAGACCCAAUUGAUGGAGGCCCUUGUUAUAAACACUACACCAAGUCCUUCUAUGAAUGCACCGUCAAGCCUAGACUGAAGCAGGGUGGCAUAUUUGUAACACGGGUAUUAUAAGACCAGUGUCCAUUACAUGAAUCAAACACUUAUUAGAGGAAACAAUAAAGAAACAUUUCUACCACAACAUCCAUUUGCAACAUUUCUAGACCCUAAAAUGAUUAAUUAACUUAAAACAUACAUGAUAUGGUGAUUAUCAAUUGCCACCAAAUUAAAUAGAACAUGAGAGCCACACUAACCUGAACUAAAAGGAUUUUGUAUGAUCUUGAGCAGUGCAGCAUAGAAAUCAUGAAUUGAAAGGUAGAACCAGAAAGUAUGGCUU